AUGACAUCUCAAUCGAUCACCAAGCUUCCACCGGAAUGGGGCCUCGUUCCGCCUAACCCAGAUCCGGAUUCAGUCCUCCCCGGAGAUGCCAUUGAGAAAGAACUGGACCGAAUUGAAAUGCCUUCUCUCGAUGUUCCCAUCAGUCGCAUCACAGGAUCAACACCUCUUGCCUUUCGCCCUGAUGUUGAGCUGCCAGAACUAUCCGAGAUCGACUCCGAGACCGAUGAGCAGCCUGGCACCCCACCCGAUGCUGGUGCCAGCUUCGCAGGCUGGAACAAAACCAUCAAGUCUGAUAGUCCUCCUCUCCAGCGAGCUACAGUUAUCGGAGGCGCUGUCGUGCGCAAUCUAUGUCUUGUCAUCCCAGAUGAGAACAUGAAUGGCUUCGCCGACCUUCCCGUCCAGCCUAUUCGAGCAAGCAAGGGACAACCAGCUCAAUUGAUUGCCAAGAUCUUAGAUGAUGAGACCGAAGAGCCCCCAAUGCCUCUACUUAUUCUUCCCGACGAACGUCAAGGCGGCUCGGAUAUCAAGGGUGUUGAAUCUGCUGCGACGAAUCUGCCCACGGCUUGGAGCUCCUCACUUUCCAGCUUCCAGAAGUCGACUUCGGGACCCAUUCCUUGGACCUUGUCCGCCUUCAAGGCGGGGGGCUCGGAACCCACAGGGCUCGAGGAGAAGAAGGAUGAAGAAAACAACAAGGAGAAGCUUGGGGGGUCUAAGAUGGACGAGUUUGUCUUGUCUGGAGACAUUGAUGACUUUUGGGGAAUAAAGGGCUUGACAGCCAAGUUAUACAAGUACAAAGGACCCGAAAAGGAUGCCGUUGAUGUGCCCGAGGAACCGGAAGACAAAGAGGAUAAGAGCCAAGACAAGACCGAAGAACCGAGUGGGAAAAUUGUGCCCUUGUCUGCCGAACCAGACAUUAAACCGUCAAAUGACAAGGAUGAUAAAGAGGAAGAGGAGGACGAUAAGGAUGAACCUGCCAGAGAGAAGAUCAAGCUUAAUACAGAGAGCUUCAGCCUCAACAGCCAUCCUUUGGGAACACUAGCCGGCGACGGGGCUGGAAGCGAGAAUGAGGAGAGAGAUGACGAUGAAGAAAGUUCAGACGACAAACCGAAGGGGAAGAAGUCUUGGUUCUUUGGUUUUGCCUUCUUCGGCAGCUUGGUGAUCACCAAAGUUCCCUAUGCGAACGUUCCGCUGGAUGUGAACUACAGGGUUGCGAGAGACUUUGUUGCUGCGGAAGAGGAAGAGAAGAAGAAAAAGAAGGUCAAGAGAGGAAGCAGGUUCGGAAUCCUCGGCGUGGUCGAAAUCAACAAGGUCACCAUCAAGGCCGGGCUUUACACAGAGCAGAAGAAGGAUAAGGAAAAGAGGGAAUGGCUAGCAUUUGGUGCUAUUGAGAAUGUCAGGUUGAGAGAAAUUUGGGAUGCUAUUCCAGAGGAUAAUUUUCUCAACCUCGAGUUGAAGAAUAUUGCACUUAUCGCUUCCUCUCACGAGAGGAAGAAGGAAAAGAAAGAUGAAGAGAAAGAAGAUGGAGAUGGUGAUGAGAAGAAAGAGAAGACCGAUGGUGAUAAAGAGAAGGGUGAUGAGGUGAGGCCCAAGGCGAGUACGAAUAGGGUACCUGAUGGCGAGGUCUGGAUAAACAGCCUUGAUGUACUCAACGUUGCUAAGGAGGAAAUGCCUGACGGGGGCCCGAAUGAGCCUACAGCUUAUGCAACUAUCCCCUCCUUCCCGCAACUUGAGGAAUUCAACGGGAAGAACGCUACUAUUGAUCUCCCCGAGUCCUUCAAAUUGAAACUUUCGGACACUGCAUACCUCCGUCAAUUCGGUACUACAAUCGCCAUCAAGUCAUCUACAGGGCCAGAGUUGGACAUUCACGUAACAUUGACUUUGACGUUCAAGGACUCAGACCCCAUUUCUGUGGAGGAAGUCAUUGCUGGAACCUUCAAGAGUGCAAGAGGAGAAUUGAAAAUGUCUGAUGAUUCCAAAUGGGUCAACCCAUUCAACCUGAAUAAGAACCUGGUCUUUUCUCAACUCGGGUUCGGAACAGGCUUACAUAUGCGACUGUUCUCGUUACUGGACCAGAUCGAUAUUGGAAAGUAUCGCGCGAAACUCGACAUGGGUCUGCGCGUGACCAGCGCUGAAGCAGUCUUCCAGCUUGAGAUGAACAAGAUCGAUGCUAUGGAGAUCAUUCAGUUUGCUAGCGUUCUCAUCGACAACCCAGAAAUGCAGCGGAUGAAAGGUGCGGAGGACAAACUGGUUUUCAAGGACCUCAAGUUGUAUGUCUCAUCUGGCGCAGAGUUCUUAGGUCGAUAUUACGACCGAGGUAUUCAGGUGCAAGGUAAGAACUUUGAGCUAUCGACAAACUCUAACCUUGAUAGAACUGGAGGUAACGAGAUGGAAAUGGAAGAAGAGUUGCGAGUGGAACCUCAAUCACGGUGGUAUCUUGGACAAACCAUAUUGAAAGCUACACUAGGUCUAGAGGAAGCACAUGCCCGAAAAGCAAUCGACGCAGAACUCCGACACGCUGGAGAAGCCAUCAUGAAACUACCAGCUUUCUGGCGCAUCGAAGAAGCCAUCAACGAAGCAGCCAGAAAGUUCGACCAAUUUGGACGAGCACUUGAUGGUCUCAUCAAUAGAGGACCCAUGACCUGGAUUGAGGAGAUGUCCAAGGAUGAAAAAGAAGAUCUGAAUCGUCAAAUCAGACUUCUUGAAGAGUUGAUGAGGAGGAGUCAAGAGCUCAAAGAUGCCAUGAAGGAAGCGAAGAGAGCUCUUGAAAAGACUGAGGAGAGACUUACGCCGAAGCAAAGAGGCUGCAAGGAAGAGAAUUGCUGA